UCGUAAAUGCAUUGCAAAGCCAUAAACUGUCGUGCUACUGCCCCUGAUUUUCGGUGUUUGAAACCCCCGUUCGGUCUUUUCGUACGGCACUAAAGCUGAACAGGAAACAUGCCGGCCAAAGGUCCUCUGCAAUCGGUCCAGGUUUUCGGACGCAAAAAAACAGCCACCGCUGUUGCUCACUGCAAGAGGGGGAAUGGCCUCAUCAAGGUGAACGGCAGACCCCUGGAAAUGAUUGAGCCAGCCACUCUCCAGUACAAGCUUCUGGAGCCAGUGCUGCUGCUGGGCAAGGAGCGUUUUGCUGGAGUUGACAUCCGAGUCCGAGUGAAGGGUGGUGGACAUGUCGCACAGAUCUACGCUAUCCGUCAGUCCAUCUCCAAAGCCCUGGUCGCAUACUACCAGAAAUAUGUGGAUGAGGCCUCCAAGAAGGAGAUCAAGGACAUCUUGAUCCAGUACGACAGGACCCUGCUGGUUGCCGACCCUCGUCGCUGCGAGUCCAAGAAGUUCGGAGGACCAGGAGCCCGUGCCCGCUACCAGAAGUCUUACCGUUAACCUCUCUGUACAUUUUCAUGUAAUAAAGUUGAGGAAGAAAAUA